CGUCAAGGAGAUGUUCGCGAUCUGUCAUUGGCUACUGUGCGCGAGCGCUGUAACGUUCUCUUCGCGGAUUGGCUGGGCGCUGCGAGCGGGCGCGAUUUCCAACGCGGGAAAAUACCGAGUGCGAUCGGGUCACUGUAUCAACUUCUGCCAGUGAGACAGAGCGGAAUCAAAGGCACCGCGCGCUGGAACAGUGAUACAUGUAACAUUGGGAAUGACUGACUUUAGUAUAAAACAACUCGCGGCGGGACGUUAACGGCGGGAAAUUCACUUAUUUACACUUUGGAUUUUUUUAAAGGCAUUUUUUUUUAUUAUUUUAACUGAACGGUUUUUAAGAUCCAGGUUUUUACUGCACGUUUUUCGCGAUGGCUGACAGCAAACAUCAAGUGAUAUUUUGUAACGAUUCACCAAAAAGAGUUCUGGUGUCCGUGAUCAAAACGACCCCCAUCAAACCCAAAGCGGCGGACUCUCUGAUGCCCACCAGCCCCGGAUUCAGUGAUUUCAUGGUUUACCCGUGGCGCUGGGGCGAAAACGCGCACAAUGUGACUCUGAGCCCCGGAUCGGGCAGCGGAACCGCGUCGCCCACCCGAAACAGCGGCUCUCCCGCCGAAUCAGAUGUCAGCUCCUGCCCGGAGCACUUAAAGGAUGGGAUCCGGCGUGGACGCCCGCGGGCCGAUACCGUCAGAGAACUGAUCAACGAGGGCGAAAACUCCACCAGCCGCAUCCGCUGCAACAUCUGCAACCGAGUCUUUCCCAGGGAGAAGUCGUUACAGGCGCACAAACGGACGCACACGGGGGAGAGACCGUAUCUGUGCGAUUAUCCGGACUGCGGGAAAGCGUUCGUCCAGAGCGGACAGUUGAAGACCCAUCAGCGUCUCCACACCGGAGAAAAACCCUUUGUCUGCUCGGAGAAAGGUUGCUGUAGCCGAUUCACUCAUGCCAACCGCCAUUGCCCGAAACACCCGUACGCCAGGCUGAAGCGGGAGGAGCCUACGGGCGGCCCGGGGAAAUCACAGGGAGCCGAUAACAAGGCUGUGGCCGAAUGGCUGACAAAAUACUGGCAGAUGAGGGAACAGCGAUCGCCCGCGCCGCCGGGGAAAGGAAAGACUCUGAGUAAGACCACUAUGGAGGACCAGGAGCAGCAGGAUCCUCUGGACUUCCUGCCAUCGGAUGAAGGUGAAGAAGAGGAGCAGGAGGACGAGAAGAGCGGCGGUGGCGGUACGGCGCGCCGGCGCCUCCAAGAGCAAAGGGAGCGUCUUCACGGCGCUCUCGCUCUCAUCGAGCUGGCCAACAAUCUCUCCGCCUGAGAACGUCACCAUCCCUCGUGUUCAUUUGAGCAGACUUUCCUCACGUUGGAGACCCGGCCCGGGUUGAUAUAAGCUAAAAGCACCUUAUUUUGCUUCCUGUUGUACCUUUAGGCUGCUAUGAUGGUAGAUGAUAUCAUUAUAUGAAGAAUGUCGUUUUGUUUUCUCAGCUUGUUAAGCAGAUGAGACGUCGUUUUUUGUUGUUUCGUUGAGCACUUUUGUGGAAACAAGUGUUUCUUUUUUGGGUUUGUGGGUGGAGUUGUGUAUGUGACGUGAUGUUUUUUUUUUAAGGAUUUUAGAGUGUGUGUGUGUGUGUGUGUGUGUGUUUUGAAACAGGGUGCGCUGACCGACCUGCUAAAGAUGAAGACUUAUUUACGGAGGAUCACAUAUAAUGGCUCAUUUCAUUCAUAGGCACGCAUUAGUCCGGUUCGCUUCCAUCACAUUGGUCACGUUUAAUCAUGUAUUUAUUGUAUUUAAACCAGUGUUGAGCGCCACCUGCUGUCAGCCGUAGGGGCUCAGGCUUUGCAAUAACGUCAAACUAACCAGCUUUAAAACGCCAUCUAUGUGUCGCAGAGGUACACGUUUAUAUGCUAGCGUAUAGAGUUGAUGGGUAAACCCUAUAAACUGAAGCACUUACAAUAUUAAUCUAUUAUUGUUUGUCUCGCGUCAAUAGCUCUACUAUAGACACUUCCAAAGAGAGACGAUCGAAUGAGAUUCUGGAUGUGAUCCGAACAGCACUUGUUAUUUCAUAAUCCGCAACACUACAUUCUGUUCACGUGCUUCAUGUAAUUUAGUAUUUCAUUUGGAGUAAAUGCAUUUGUAAAUUUCAUGCUUGAUGCAGUUCAAUUCAGCGUCUUUCCUCUUUGUAACUUCAUUUGGUAUGUGCAUGUGCAAAAACUGGAAGAUGUUUUUGUUAAAGUUCCUUUUUUAUUUGUCCAUUUUAUAACUGAUUUAAUAUAUACCCCCAAAAUCCUUUGGAAAGCCGUGCAUGAUGUACCUUGUAAAAGCGCAACGAUCCCAGUCGAUUACGUCACGACAGCAGAAUGUAAUCAAGUGUUUUGUUUUGAGACGUUCUGUUCGCUGAAAGGACUUUGUAAAUGUGUAAGCGGGCUUUUUUUUAUUCAUUAGCCGAUUUUAGUGUUAGCACUUCAAGUCCUGAUUAUUAAAUGAUAUCAAUUGUU